AUGAUUACAGACAUCUAUCCAAAAAUUAUGAUUUCACUUAUAACUGUCCUGGUGCAUAAUAAAAUGAAAGGCAACUAUACAAUCGCAAUAUUUAUAAUUUCAUUAGCAUUGUCAGGUUUUGCAAUAGCAGAUGAAACGCUGUUUGUUAAUGAUUUGAAAAGAGUAUUUAGAGAAGCAUUGUCCAAUACUGAUUUCUUCCCAGAUGAUUAUUGUGAUUCUAAAUUUUUUACAUGUAAUGAUGAAAAAAAAAUUAUAACUAUAAAAUUCAAAGAUAUUAAUUUAGAUGGUAUACACAUACCACAUUCAAUAUCUACUUUAACUGAUUUGGUAUCAUUAUAUAUCAGUAAUAGUACAAUUAUUAUAGAUGAGCAUUUUAUGGGCGAUUUAUAUAAAUUAAGAAACAGUUUAAAAAGAUUAGAAAUUACAAACACUAAAUUUGAAACAAAUUUAAGAUUAGACGGUCUGAAUUUGAUCUAUCUGAACCUUUCUUGCAAUAAUAUAUCACAGAAUCUGGAUAACAUUUCUUUUAGUAAAACCUUAACACAUAUUGAUUUAUCAGACAAUAAAUUUCAUGGUGAUAUCAAGAUAUUUAAUGACAUCCCUGAUUUAGAAGUAUUGUACGUUGUAAAUAAAAAAGUACGUCUUUCAUUCAAUAAUUUAACUGGCAAUAUUCCAAGUUUUAGUAAUAAUAUUAAUUUAGCAUACUUGGAUCUUGCAAGCAAUAUACUAUCGGGCAUUAUUCCUGAUUUUAGUAAUAAUUAUAAUCUGAAAGAAUUGGAUCUUGCAAUCAAUAGACUAUCGGGCAUUAUUCCUGAUUUUAGUAAUAAUUAUAAUCUGAAAGAAUUAUAUCUUUCAUUCAAUAAUUUAACUGGCAAUAUUCCUGAUUUUAGUAAUAAUAUUAAUUUAGCAUACUUGGAUCUUGCAAGCAAUAUACUAUCGGGCAUUAUUCCUGAUUUUAGUAAUAAUUAUAAUCUGAAAGAAUUAUAUCUUUCAUUCAAUAAUUUAACUGGCAAUAUUCCAAGUUUUAGUAAUAAUAUUAAUUUAACACACUUGGAUCUUUCAAAAAACAAUUUAUCGGGCACUAUUCCAGAUUUUAGUAAAAAUUACAAUCUAAUGGGAUUAUAUCUUUCAUCUAAUAAUUUAACUGGCAAUAUUCCAGAUUUUAGUAAUAAUAUUAAUUUAACACACUUGUAUCUUUCAGAUAAUAAGCUAUCAGGUAAUAUUCCAGACUUUAGUAGAAAUCAUGCCCUGACAAAAUUAAAUAUUUCAUACAAUAAACUAUCGGGUAAUCUUCCAAGUUUUAUCAAUAAUCGAGCAUUAUAUUUGUUACAUCUAUCCAAAAAUUAUGAUUUCACUUAUAACUGUCCUGGUGGUAAGGAUAUAAUUAGUCCAGAGCAGAUUACAAAUCUAAUAUCUUGGUACACACAAUAA